UCUUUUAUCAGUUUUCAUUUUAUUGUAUGGUGUUUUUAAUUUUAUUAACUUGUAUUUCUCUCUCUUUUCAUACUGUGUAACAUUAAACUCACGAAAGGCCGACUGUCAAAAUUUACAUAAUAAUUUGACAGCCGCAAACGAUACACGUGAAGCAAGUCGCGAACAAGACAACUGAUCAGCAUCGCGGAAAAGAGACCUCAACCGUUUCAGUACAUUUGAGUCUUCAGAAAAGAGUGGUCAAUCACCGAUCGAUCUGAUUGACGAAAUUACGUAUCCUAAGAGAUUUCCACCGUUAAUCUUAAAUGGACACUGGCUGAAGGAUGGAAACGCAAUUUUAUUUAACAACGGUAUGACAGCUCAAGUUUUUUUAAACGGCGAUCGAAUUCCAUCAACGGUGUCCGGUGGACCGCUGAUGAACGAUGAAUACGAAUUUCAUAAUGCGCAUUUUCAUUGGGGUGAAGACGAUUGCAGAGGCGCUGAACAUACGAUCAAUAGUACUUGGUUCUCUAUGGAAUGUCAUAUGGUGCACUGGAACCGGAAAUAUUUAACCUUUGAAGAUUGUCUAAAACAUAGAGAUGGUCUUUGCGUGUUAGCCUAUUUAUUUUUGGUGCAACCAGGAUCUUGUCAGUGGAACAAUAUCAAAUUUGAAAGAAUCUCAGCAAAUUUGAAGUACAUUCAGGACGCUGGUUCAGAGACGAAAAUUCCGCCAAGUGAAUGUCCAGGAAAUAAAGAUUUAUCUCAAUAUUUGAAAUCUAACGAUAUUGCCGCAAUUUCAGAUUCUUUAUCUUGGAUGCGAAUAGCAACAGACUGCUCGAGUUAUUACACGUACCAUGGAUCUUAUAAUAUUGGUACUAAUCCGGAGUGUGUUCAAUGGAUCGUAUUUCCAGCUAUUAAUUCGAUACGAUCGUGCCAAGUUAACGAAUUUAGAAAGUUGAAGGACAAAAACGGUGAAUUCAUCAAAUCAAAUCGGAAAGAUAUUCAGCCUUUACGCGAGCGAAAGAUAUUUUUAGCAAUAUCUUGACAAAGAUUUUUAUCUUUAAAACUUUUAAUUUUUAAUUUUUUGUUAUAUUAU